CGACAACCGUCACACAGUUUUCCACAUAUCUACGCGCCAGGGAGAAGAAAGUUUGAGAUUGACUCUACUGCCAUUUCACUUCAGACUGAUUCUUUAUGGAAGUUCUGCAGGAGUGACUGUCAUAGGUCAGGGUCCGACGAAUGAGGAUCGUCUUCAUCAGCCCGGCGGCUACGGUAAUGCGGCUGCUAAUGGCAGGACGUUUCGACGGAAAAGAGGAUGGGCUCGGACGCAAGUUCGUCAGUGAGCUUGAAGAAUUGCACAUUGCUUUACGGAGGGUGAUAACGCUUAAAUGUGCGCUGAUUCCUCAGGUUUCCUCAACGUUGUAGCCUCCCUGGUGGACAUUGCCUCGUUCUUUGCUCAAUACUUUCACCUCAGUCUUCUGGCAAGACUUCUUUCAUUUUCACUCAUUCAUUGCUGUCUACUGAUUGAUACAUUCCGUUCUCGCUCCUAACUUUGCUCCAUAAUUCUCAAAAUGGAUGCCGGGUUGUCCCAUCCAGGCUCAGCCGCAGCCUCAUACACCGUCUCCUGCGCCUCGGACCACGAAGAAUCAACCUUUCUCAAAAGGAAUCACCAUCUCCGCUGGGCCCAACUCGCUCUGUCUGUGAUCUGCCUCGGCUCUGCUCUCGCAAUCGUCGGCUGCGAAGCUGUACCCUUCCAGCACUACCGGAGCACCUCCGGGUACGAAGAAGCAGGACUGGCCCUGUGGCCAUUGAACUUUGAUCUCCGACCAACGAUCGCUAUCCUGUCUAGUGGCUGCGUCAUUGCAGUCCUCAAUCUCAUCUAUAUCGUCGCCGUGCUCAUCCCUUCUCCCCAUUCCCACAUCCGGCGUCUCAACAUCCUCGCCUCGGGAACGGCAGUCGCGGGCCUCAUCGCUGCGGCAGUCGGACUGGCCUUUGCGAUCUAUCUCCCGCAAUCCACGUAUCCGGGUGGAUUUUCGCACAAUGAGACACUGCACUCGUGGACAUGCAAGUGGAAGGCCAUGCGGAGCGUCAACUCGAGCGAGAAUGUUUCUUUACAUGCACCGACGCAUUUCGAGCGGGAUUGUCGGGAGACGAAGGCAGGAUUUGUGCUUCUCGCUCUGUUGAUCGGGCUCGAGGUUGUCGGGGGUGCGGUUGGUGUGUUUGGAGUCUGGCUUGAGCGGAACGUGUCCAGGCAGAGGAGCUUUGGGGUGCAAGUGGAGAAGGAGACUGUUUUGACGAAGAAUUCAAACGUGUGAAGCGCGUGGUAUGCUCAUAUUCACUGGGGUCUGUCGUUCUGCUGCGCAGUACUUCUUGGGUAUCUUUUUUGUCGGUCUGGUAAGCCAUUAUUGAUUGAGAGGGUUGGGUUACCUACAAUAUUCACUUAAUUUUAUAUUGGUUUUUGCCUGUUCUUCAAGUUCACCGAACACAUAAUCAACAUUCGAGAAGCCGACGGCGGGCCGGAUAUAACGUCGUCUGGGCCGUGGGGUAAGCCAUCAUCCUCGGCUCCCCACAUGCUCCUUAUGAUUUAAAUCACAGUUAAUAAGGAAUCACG